CAAGUUGGUCUUUCGUCUGGUAGUUCUCGCCAAAUCCCAUACUUGAGUGUAUCACUGGAGUUAUGGCUGCUUGACGCCCUUCUUGGUCGAGCUCGCCUUGGACGGUGAAUCAUACCACACUUGGCCGCAACUACAAAACGGCUGUCGCGAGAUGCUCCUCUUUCCCCCUUGAUCUGUCAUCACUACCCCUCUUAAAUGCCAAAUUGACUUCUUCCUCAAAUCGUCUUUGCAUGAAUAUGGCCGCGAUGGUAUCCCAGAAUGUUGUUGCGUCAGCGAAAGAGAUAUGCGGUUGGAUACCGCUCUCGACGAAUAGUCUCGGAUUCUUACAAGAGCCCAUCCCGUAUGCCUGUGUCAACCCACCUGCAGACUGCAUCUCCUCCGGGUCCUACAUGGGCUGCGGCAGUCCCAUACCCACGACUUGCGUGCAGACAGCGAAAGCCCCGAGAGCAUGUGAGCCCGGCCAGCUCUGCUGUGGGCCAUAUCCUAACACGGAUUGCUGGACUUGGCACUCGAUCGACAAUACUGCAACUUACACACUCCUACAAUGCAGCUCAGUCUCCGGUGUCGGGACUCUAAUAGCGGAAUCCUUCAUACCAGGGGCCACAUUAACAGCCACCACGAAAGAUGGUUCACCUAGAACCAGUGGCGACGCCAAGACGACCAGAACGGCCGAACUAUCCAACCCCACAGCUGGAGUUACCAUAGCCACAAAGACGAGUCUUUUGCUACCUGGAAUCCCUUCGGAAACAUCCGGUUCCUCUGGCGAAGCCUCGCCUGCUGCAAUUACCGGGGCCAUUGUCGGAGCACUUGCCUUUCUUGGCAUCUUGCUGGGUGUGACGGUCUUCAUCUGGAACCGAGCCAGGAAGAAGAAGAGACUGGCUCAUGAGGCUGCGAUUGGAGGGCCCGUAACGCCUAUGAGAAAGAGGAAUAGUAUGAUGCCGUUCCAUGCGGGAGCCAUCAAUGUUCCUGUGUCGUCUAUUUAUGAUUACGGCGGCCCAUCGAAGAGCGUAUCGAGAGGUGAUUCUGGUGUUCUGGAAGGCGCGAAUAGGCCUCCUCCUCGACCACCAAGAAGUCCGGCUAGGAACAUGAAUGUCACCGAGGGAGGUUGGAUUUAGCGGACAGGAAGACGGGAGGGGCUUUAACGGUUAAUCGCUGUGGACUACUGCGUCUUCCAUGCCCAUAACUUUG